AUGGCCCCCCCCCCCCCCCCCUCUCUUCCCUCCCUCUCCCCCCUCCCCAUCCAGGUCCACAGUAAUAACCGUCACACCCAGGGUGUGAGGGUCUUCAGUAAGGUAGAUUGUCAGUUUAAACCUGGCCUCUUACUCCCCUGGUCCUCGCCCCCCCUCUCCCUGGCUGUACCUCUAGAGGACCUGAAGGACCCCUCCUCACGCCCCAUCUCCCUGCCCCUGGGGGGUCGCCCCGCCCAGAUCUUACGCUGCCAGUUUGCCUUUGCAGACCGAUGGAUGCUCAUCUCUGAGAUCUCCUUCUACUCCGAGCCGUACGGGGAGGGUGUCGACCCCAUGGACACGGGCUCUGCUCUUCCUGCUCCUCCGGUCUCCUCCGCUACUCCUCGUCCUCCUCCUCCUGUCUUCCCCUCCUCUGUCAGCCCCGCCCUCAACCACAACUCCUCCAACUUCACUAGCGUUCCCUCAGAACCCCCCACCACCAACCCCAUGAUGGACAGCACGGGUAACAGCACACUGUCAGGGGCCGACUUCGAUGCUGUGACCCCAGGGGCGGGCCUUCCUGUUGCCAAGGACGACAGCAGCAACACAGCCAUCCUGAUUGGCUGCCUGGUGGGCAUCAUCCUGCUGCUAUUGACUGUGAUCGCUGUCAUUCUGUGGAGGCAAUACUGGAAGAAGAUACUGGGCAAGGCCCAGGGCAGUCUGUCCAGUGACGAGUUGCGUGUCCAUCUGUCCGUCCCCUCGGACAACGUGGUGAUCAACAACACACACAGCUACUCCAGCCGCUACCAGCGUAUACACACUUUCCCUGACGACAGGGAGCGCUGUGACGGAGAGGGAGAGUACCAGGAGCCCAGCGCACUGCUCCGACCACUAGGACAAGACAGCACCGGACGAGACAGCACCGCCUUGCUGUUAAACAACCCAGCCUAUGACCUCCUCCUGUCAGAUCAGAGGCAGCAUGGCUCAGGCUCCUCGUGGCCCCUAACCGUCCCUAUGGCCCGGGCCAGCUCCUCUCACCCUCAGGAGAAGAGCCUCAAUAAUGGGGCCCAGGGCUGUGGUAUGGACUUGGAGAAAGGCUUGCCCCCCACCCAGGAGGAGCCUCCCCCGUACCCCGAUGCCCCUCCCUACCCGGCCCUGUCUCCCCCCUUCCCCGCCAGCGUGCCCCACUAUGCAGAGGCGGACAUUGUUAGCUUGCAGGGCGUCAGUGGUAACAACACGUAUGCAGUGCCAGCCCAGACCUCCCCCAGCCCCACUGCAGCAGACUGCACCCCCCUGCCUGAACUGCCCCGACACUGUCUGGUCUUCAAGGAGAAACUGGGAGAAGGACAGUUUGGAGAGGUGCACCUGUGUGAGAUUGAGAGCCCUCAGGAACUGCCUAACCUGGAGUUCCCUUUCAACGUGAGGAAAGGACGCCCUCUACUGGUGGCUGUUAAGAUACUGCGUCCUGACGCCUCCAAGAACGCCAGGAAUGACUUCCUAAAGGAGGGGAAGAUUCUGUCUCGUCUGAAGGACCCCAACAUCAUCCGUCUGUUGGGAGUGUGUGUGAGCAGCGACCCUCUCUGUAUGGUCACAGAGUACAUGGAAAGUGGAGACCUCAACCAGUACCUCUCACACAGAGUCCUGCUGGACAAGACCGGACCCACACAUAACACCCCCACCAUCAGUUACCCUGCUCUGAUCGCCAUGGCCAGUCAGAUAGCUUCAGGGAUGAAGUUUCUGUCGUCUCUGAACUUCGUGCACCGUGACCUGGCCACAAGAAACUGCCUGGUGGGGGGUGAGAAGGGCGAGAGCGGGGGCGACCGGGGCGGGGAGCGACCCAUCAAGAUCGCCGACUUUGGGAUGAGCAGAAACCUGUACGCUGGAGACUACUACCGCAUCCAGGGGCGAGCCGUGCUGCCUAUACGAUGGAUGGCCUGGGAGUGUAUACUGAUGGGGAAGUUCACCACAGCCAGUGACGUGUGGGCGUUUGGUGUGACUCUGUGGGAGAUGCUGAGUGUGUGUCAGGAGCAACCCUACUCCAACCUGACUGAUGAACAGGUCAUAGACAACGCCGGAGAGUUCUUCAGGGACCACGGAAGACAGGUGUAUCUGAGCAGGCCAGAUGUGUGUCCUCAGGGUCUCUAUGACCUCAUGCUGAGCUGCUGGAACCGGGACUGCAAGCUCCGCCCAUCAUUUGCCCACAUUCACUCCUUCCUCACAGAGGAUGCCAUGAACAUGGUGUAGAGAGAGAGAGAGGAAUGGAAGAGUGAGAUGGAGAGAGGGGGAUGAGAGACUGCUCCUCCAACCUUCAUUCCGCCAUUCAUCGUAGAGAUGAGUGCUUUGAGCGAGGGAUGUGUGUAGAAGUGGUGGAGGUGUGCAGUAGAGGGACGGGUGCCUGCUUGUAUAUUUUGUAUCUCUCUAUGAUGGGCGGAUGGGGCUGAGACACCGCUGGUUCGGUUUUCACUCCCACGAGACAGACCCCAACCCAAACCCCUUUACCCCCCCUGAGUAGUCUCUAGAUUGUCUUGAUAAGAAUGUAACACAACACAAUGGUUAGUGCGGUGGUGGGUUGAUGUCUGAUUCUGCAUAGUGCUUCCAGGACCACCGAUGGUCUGUCAAUGGUCUGCUAGCGAACACAGGGAAGCUGUAAGACGUAUGGGGAGGCGAUGUGACAAUGCUUGGUAAUGUAGAUGAAGCUAAAAUGAUUUUGUAACGUUUCUCAAAGAAUAUCAACAAUACCAAUCUGAUUAUGCAUCAAUGUCAGACAUUAAUACUCUGAAAUGUGAUCAUAGCAUAUUAACAUUUUGGGAUAAACUUAACACAUCAUCCUAUAUAGAUAUUUUAUUACUUGACCUGCUAAUGUUUUUGGUAUUUGUAUAAAUCAUGUGCUAGGGUUACUGGUGAAGGUCUAUAUAUAUUCUCAUACUGUCAACAUUUCUCCAUCUCAAAACGGUACACACACAUUUUUCACACAGAGGUGAAAUUGCACACAAGGUUUGCUGUCUUAGUACUAUAUAGAAAUACGAGUAUGUCCCAGUAUAUUUCACUAGUUUUCAGUAUAUAACCCAGUUCUUCCCAGCCCCAAACCCUCCAUUCCAGACCCCAGUCUGUUGUCUCUAGUCUCAUGGAACCAGACGAGUGUGGCUGAAUAUUGCAUUCUAUUCCUCUGGCCUACCCGUUAAAGUCUGGCAAGCAGAAUGAUGGUAUCUCAUACACAGGCCAGUAGCAGACACAGCAACAGCUGUUCCACCAGCAGUCUGUAACACCAGGCAUUAGACACACACACACAAUGCUGUCAGUCAGUCAGCUGCUCAGCCCAGACUAGGCUGGCGUUGUGACUAUAUUCUGCCUCCCUCUCCACCCAACUCAGUAUCUCACCAAUCCAGAAGCCUUUCAUUCUGCAGUCUCACUCAUAUCUCUCACAAUUGAUCCACUCUGAGCUGUAACUAUGGAGUUAUACUGGACUGAUGUGAACUGAUCUGGACUCGAUGACUCUUUCCAGGACAGGAAGUGUGUGGUUGUUACCGUAGAGAUAUGGUUGUUACUCUACCAGACCUCCAAACUGAAACCCUUUGGACCUCCGGAGCCAGAGAGAACUGACUGGUGUCACGUGACGUGAGCCUCACUGCCUGAGAGAACAGGUACAGUAGGGGAGGUGCUACAACCAAUGAGAUUUGAACUUAACAGAAGAGAGACAUCCUUCCUGAUGGGAGCUGGAAUAGUACAGCCCACAGCAACACACACUGAAAGACAGACAACACUGCCUGUGCUGUGACAUCACAUGUGAAACUGACAGUUGUGAUUGGUGACUAGCUGAUGGAACGGCAUAACAUGGAUGGACAGAUGGAUUGACGACUAGAGGGGAGUGGGGGCUGAUAUGUAAAUGACCAUUUUCAUGUGUAAGUGAGGUGAGCGAUGUGAUUUUCUACCAGUGAUGAAUAGCGGAGCUGGGUCUGACUCAGUGACCCAGAUGCAGAAAGGAGGUUCAUAUAUAUGUCCAAUACACUACCAGCUGCACUUUAAAGGCGGUUUCUGUCCGCACGCCCCAAUACCUGCACUAGAAUUGUAGAGUCUUGGCCAGUCUUGGGGCGUAGUUACAGUACUUGUAGUUGAACUAAUUAACGACACUGAGUAGCUCCCACAACAGUAUCAUGUUGGUAUGCCAGUCUGGAUGUUGGAGCGUACAGACAGUCUGUAUCCCCUUGGUGUUAGUACCGAUAGCAGUCCAACAUGGCAUUGCUGGUCAAAAUAGAUGUAGUUCUAAACAGAAAAACAGGUCAGUGUCUUGUGAUUUAUCAUCUUAAAGUUGAUCAUGUAUUCAUGAUUCAUUUCAGUGGAUUGUUGUUCAAAUAGAACUGCCUCAUGAAAGGUGUUGUCAAGGAGGAAAAUCUGUCUGCGUUAUGAGGAAAGGUAGAGCACACCAAAUGCUUUCUGCCAGUGUUACCCAGCAAUAGGGAAACGAUCAGACCGAAUGGUUAAAACGGCAAUCACAACGGAUUUAACACUCAUGAGAAGAGGAGCACUAACAACUGUAUCCAAAGCUUUCUAGUUUGUCAGUAACCUUUCAUCUACAUUAUCCCAACAUAAGCUGCCCCUGGUGGACUCUGCCUCACUGAGUGUAGUUCUGCAUAAUGUGUCAGGCUUAAUCAAGAUGAUCAAAUAAUCCUUGUUUACUGAUUGAAUGAGUGUGAAUGGUGGUGCCAUACGAAUGUGUGUCUCGAUUGACCUUUUUUGAUACACUGUAGCCCAACUAAACCCAUAUUUGUAUAUAUAUUUCCUGUAUAUGUACUUAGAAUCUCCUUGUUGUCAGUGAUGCUGUCAUCCUUUGUCUUAGAAUAUGUACACAUCAUCAGGUUCAUCUUCAAAGGACAGAAUUUUUAUUUUGUUGUCUAAUAUAUGGAAUUUCUUUGUUACAGUUGGGGUCUCUUUUUGUUCCUCUGUAGAAAGCUUGCUACCUUACCUUGAUGCCAUUAUAAUUCAUUGUGUUGUCUAUUUUUGUAGUUUUAAUAAAGUUAACCUUUCCAAAUAAA